AUGUACGGCCUCUACGAGUACCUCAGGAAGUCAGUGGUACAGCUGGACAUGGCUAACAGCAAGAAAGCGUUGGUGGUGCCGGCCUUCGAGACGCUCCGUUACCGCCUGUCUUACCCCAAGUCCAAGGCCGAGCUGCUGUCCCAACUGGACAUGGGGACUCUAUUCACCUUCAGAUACCAUGUCUGGACGAAGGGUCAUGCUCCCACUAACUUUGCUAAGUGGAGGACUGCCACCACGCCGUACAGAGUCCAGUGGGAAGCGGACUUUGAACCCUACGUGAUGGUGAGACAGGACAGUCCAGAGUACGACAGACGCUUCGUUGGCUUUGGGUGGAAUAAAGUGGCUCAUAUUAUGGAGCUGGAUGCACAGGAGUAUGAGUUUGUGGUUCUGCCCAACGCCUAUAUGAUCCACAUGCCUCACGCUCCCAGUUUCGACAUCACCAAGUUCCGGUCCAACAAGCAGUACCGCGUCUGUCUGAAGACCCUGAAAGAGGAGUUUCAACAGAACAUGUCUAGACGGUACGGCUUCGCUGCCCUCAAAUACAUGACUGCAGAGAACAACAGCUAGCCAACACCGAUGAGCCAGGACACUCUGACCCGUUAUUGACUACACUACCCAUAACCCUCUCCUCUAAGGCUGUCUAGGACUACACUUCUACCGAGGAGAGGGAAAGGGAUUCUAAGGACAGUCGAUGUAGGGGAGUCGGGAGUGGACAGAACGGUUACUAAAGACUCUUACUACGAACUCUGAUCCGUUAUUGACUACACUACCCAUAACACCCUUCUCUAAGGCUGUCUAGGACUACACCUCUACGGAGGAGAGGGAAAGGGCGGUGGAUUCUAAGGACAGUCGAUGUAGGGGAGUGGACAGAACGGUUACUAAAGACUCUUACUACGAACUCUGACCUUUGUGCCAACCGAUCAUGAGGUUUUAAAUUGUGAGCUCUGCUUCUUGUGAACUCUCACCUUUUAAUUUGGGGUUAUGACCUGGUUUAACCAACUGAAGGGUAACCGGGGGUAACCGUAAGGUCGUUGUGUCCCAAACAUUGUUUUUUUUACCCCUUCCCGUGGACGGAUGGAGCUUCUGUCCAGAAGUUGCAGACCUGGUUUCUAUCUGGGAGAGGAAGCUGUUGCUGUGAAUGUUGAGUCAAUACAGGGCUGGUUUGGACUCAUACAACUCUCUGUUCUUCUCUAACAAUAGAACUGGGCAUCACUAUGGGAGGGAAGGAAGGAGGGAGGAAGGGAGGGAGGGAGAGGGAGAGAGACUGACUGUAGCCCUGGACUUGGAAAGCAGACAAGACAUUUGUUCUCUGGGCCAUAUCUAGAAGACCAGCUGCUCAUUCACAGCUGCUGUUUGUUGUGCUAAAUGUAAUAUGGUAUGUGUGUGUCUGCCUCCUCCCUCCCUCCCUCCCUGCCUCUCUCCCUCCCUGCCUCUCUCCCUCCCCUGCCUCUCUCCCUCCCUGCCUCUCUCUCUCUCCCUCCCUCCCUGCCUCUCUCCCUCCCUGUCUCCCUCCCUGCCUCUAUCCCUCCCUGUCUCCCUCCCUGCCUCUCUCCCUCCCUGUCUCCCUCCCUCCCUGCCUCUCUCCCUCCCUCCCUCCCUGCCUCUCUCCCUCCCUGUCUCCCUCCCUCCCUGUCUCCCUCCCUGUCUCCCUCCCUCCCUCCCUCCCUCCCUGUCUCCCUCCCCUCCCUCCCUCCCUCCCUCCCUGUCUGCCUCCCUCC